UUUAUUUCGUUAUUUUCACUGUAUAGACCUAUUGCCUAUCGGGUACUUUUGGCUUUGACAUUUAUGACAGCAAAACAGCUGUACGUUACACAGCUGGUAAAAAGAAGAAGCAUUUGUAGCAACUUUUCUCUCAAUUUCGGAUAUCAAGUUGUGUAGUGCCCAAACAUGGUUGUCACCAACAAUGUAACACUGCCUACCGAAGAGGAAUUAACCGUGCCCGAGGUGAAUCUUUCGACAGCAGCCUUGCGUGCCGGAGCUUUCCACUUGGGCAAAGCCUGUGAACAUCAGAAUAAUGAAUUCAUGUUAUGUCGCCAAGAACUGGAUGACCCCAGGGCAUGCUUGAACGAGGGAAAAGCUGUUACCAGUUGCGCUUUGGAUUUCUUCCGUAAAGUCAAGAAGAGCUGCGCUGAUGAAUUCAUGCAAUAUGCCACUUGCUUGGACAAAUCAAGUGGCACCAUGUCAUUUAGCCACUGCCGCAAAACACAGGGCGUUUUUGAUAAAUGUAUGAAGGACAAUUUGGAUAUUGAUCGCCCAGAGUAUGGUUAUUUCACUAGAGCUAAGAUCCAUGCAACUGAUCGUCCUGCACCACCCAAACCAGAAAAGCGUGUCUAUCCAGAUGCUACACCUGGAUUGCCCGAUGAUUACCCCAAGGCACCAGCCAAGUAUGGCGCCCGUUUCCAUUGGUUGGAAUAAGCUAAUUAUUCUGAUAAACAUCCUUAUUUGUAACUAAAGAACAUAUGUUAAAACAUUUAAAUGAAUUAGAAGAAAGGAAAUAAAAUUAACGUAUUUAAAAUACUAA